AUGCUCUUGCCAUGGCUCACAGGACUGGGGACUGGAAUGGUCUUCCUGCACUUUGUGCAGAAACUCCUGUUCCCGUACUUCUGGGACGACUUCUGUUUCCUGCUCAAGGUGGUGCUCAAUGGAUUUCGAGUAAAGAGAUACCAACAGAGAGGGGAGCUGGUCACGGUGCUGGAUAAAUUCCUGAUCCAGGCUGAAAGGCAUCCGCGGAAACCUUUCAUCAUAUACGAAGGAGACACCUACACCUACCAGGAUGUGGACAGAAGGAGCAGCAGGGUGGCCCAUGUCUUCCUGAACCAUUCCUCUCUAAAGAAGGGGGACACCGUGGCUCUGCUGAUGAGCAACGAGCCGGACUUCGUUCACGUGUGGUUCGGCCUGGCCAAGCUGGGCUGCGUGGUGGCCUUCCUCAACUCCAACAUCCGCUCAGCCUCCCUCCUGAGUUGCAUCCGCACCUGCGGGCCCAAGGCCCUCGUGGUGGGCGCAGAUUUGAUUGAAGCUGUAGAGGAAAUCCUUCUGGAGCUCCCGAAAGAUGUCAGUGUUUGGGGGAUGAAAGAUUGUGUUCCACAAGGCAUCAUUUCCCUCAAAGAAAAACUGAGCGCUUCAUCCGACAAGCCUGUUCCACGCCGCCACCACCUCGUCUCAAACCUCAAGACUACCUGUCUUUAUAUUUUUACCUCUGGAACAACAGGUCUACCAAAAGCUGCUGUGAUUACUCAACUGCAGGCUAUAAAGAGUUCUGCUGGACUGUGGGCUUUCGGCUGCACUGCUGAUGACAUUGUUUAUACAACCCUUCCUCUGUAUCAUAGUGCUGGAGCUCUUGUGGGAAUUGGUGGUUGUGUGGAGUUGGGGGCCACUUGCGUGUUAAGGAAGAAAUUCUCAGCAAGCCAAUUUUGGAGUGAUUGUAAGAAGUAUAAUGUGACGGUGUUUCAGUAUAUUGGAGAACUUUGUCGCUACCUUUGCAAACAGCCUAAGAUGGAAGGAGAGAAGGACCAUCAGGUGCGUCUGGCGAUUGGAAAUGGUAUACGGAGUGAUGUAUGGAGACAGUUUAUAGACCGAUUUGGAAAUAUUAAGAUGUGCGAACUUUAUGGAGCUACUGAAGGAAACAUUUGUUUCAUGAACCACACUGGGAAAAUUGGAGCAGUUGGGAGAACAAAUUUCUUUUACAGACUUUUUUUCAAAUUUGAAUUGAUAAAGUAUGAUUUUCAGAAAGAUGAACCCAUGAGAAAUGAACAGAAUUGGUGCAGUUGUGUGAAAAAAGGAGAACCUGGGCUUCUCAUUUCCCGAGUGAAUGCAAGAAGUCCCUUUUUUGGUUAUGCCGGGCCUUACAAGCACACACACAAAAAAUUGCUUUUUGAUGUUUUUAAGAAGGGAGAUGUUUACUUUAACACAGGAGACCUGAUGGUCCAAGAUCAGGAUUUCCUUUAUUUUUGGGACCGUAUCGGAGAUACUUUCAGAUGGAAAGGGGAGAACGUUGCAACCACAGAGGUUGCUGAAGUUAUUGGAAUGUUGGAUUUUAUACAGGAAGCGAAUGUCUAUGGUGUGGCUGUGUCAGGUUAUGAAGGAAAAGCAGGGAUGGCUUCUAUUAUUUUAAAACCAAAUAAAUCUUUAGAUUUGAAAGCAUUUUAUGAACAAGUUGUAGCAUCUCUACCGGCUUACGCCUGCCCAAGAUUCUUAAGAAUUCAGGAAAAAAUGGAAAUGACAGGGACAUUUAAACUACAGAAGUAUCAACUGGUAGAAGAUGGAUUUAAUCCACUGAAGAUUUCUGAUCCGCUGUACCUCUUGGAUAAUGUGGGAAAGUCUUACGUUCCAUUGACCAAGGAACUUUAUGAUCAAAUAAUGUUAGGAGAGAUUAAACUUUAAGUUUUGUAU